UAAUUCAGCCGGUCGACUAUUGUAUAGAACUUUGUUCGAAAAUAUUCAAAGGUUUAUAGCCGUCUAAAAACUUAUCAACCUAUCCUUUUAAAUUAAAAUAAACAAAUAUCAAACAUUAAUUUUACAGAACCGAAACAAUAAAACAUCGAAAAUAUUCUGUGGAAUGGCUACCAACUUACUGAAAUAUAUAUUUCUUCUGUUCCGGUCAUAUCUUGACAUGCUGAUUGAUGUAAUAUUCGGCUUCUUUUUUGAUGGGAAAAGACAACCUAUUCCUAAUUUAGAGAAGAGGCAUUCCAUGUUAGCACAGAGUGCUGUGACUCUUGCAACCAAAAUCAGAAACAAGGAAUUGACUUCUGAAGAAUUAGUGAAAGCUUGUAUUGAAAGAAUCCAACAGGUGAACCCAAUACUGAAUGCUGUAAUUGAUGAGAGAUUCACAGAGGCAUUGAAUGAUGCAAGAGUAAUUGAUGAAAAAAUUGCCAAGGGACUCCCUGAAGAAUAUUUCAAGGAAAAACCAUUUUUAGGCGUUCCGUUCACCGCAAAGGAGAGUCAUGCGGUGGCUGGUAUGCUGCACCCGCUGGGUAUAAAGUCGCGUGCACACGUGCGCGCGCACGAGGACGCCGAGUGCGUGCGUUUGUUAAAACAGGCCGGCGCUAUACCGCUCGCCGUCACCAACGUACCGGAAAUCAACAAAUGGUAUGUGAAUUGGUAGCUUGUGUACUGCAGAUAUA